AUACACAUAUUAUUCUUAAUAUAUGAAGAUUAUAUAUAUAUUCUAUUCUGCCUUAUGUCUAUUUUUAUUACCACUACUAUUACUAUACAUAAAUGUAUGCUGUAUACUAUACUAUGUAUAUAAAUAUAAUUUUAAUAUUUUUUCUAUACGUGUGAAUUAUCAAAUGUGAGUAUUCAAGCUCGCGCGUUCAACUUGUGUCUGACAGUUAAUUGUUAUGUGUGUUGUACAAAUGAGCAAAACUGACGUGAUGGUUACACAACCAUUUACAUUUCACGUAAACAGGUAUUUAUGGCCUACCUUAUUGCCCGAGACGUUAUAACUUGCAAUUAACGCUUUGAGUAGCACGAGCAAAUAUCUUUUUCUGCGCCUCCAUUAAUUUCUCGCCAUUUUUCUAUAACGUUUUGUUUGUAUUUUCUAUACUAGGAUCGCAGACAUACGGAAGUAAUGGACUGUACAUCGGUCAAUUUGUCAGGUUUGUACGAACUGUUACGCAAUACUUUGCUAAUUACGGAGGAAGUGAAGGAAAUAAUGAGAAGGGACUGUGACGAAGCAGCAUUCGUUUUAAAACCAUGGCAGGUGAAAAUAAUUGUUGAAAAACGAACCGACGAAGGCAUUUGUAACUGUAAAAAAAAUGAAGCUGAAGCUAAGGAGAUCGCCGCGGGGAUAAGCAGAGCGAUCAUUCUGGCACAAGAGCUGCGCGAAAAAUUGAAGCUUAACGUAGCGUCAAAGAAGAGAGUCUUACGGAAGGACACAGUUGAAAAUAUUUAUUUAUCCAACCCCGUAUCGAUUAGCGAUCGCAGGAAAAUACUGAAGAGCAAUAUUACAACGCGAAAUGCAAAUACUGCAAAAAGCUCUGACUGCAAAAGAUUAAGUGCACCUCGAAACAACAGAGCAGCUUCCGUCGUGACGAGAAAAUCUGUCUGUACAAAGCAAAGUAACGCAGUCGAUAAAAUACAGUCAAAAAUAUCGUCUGCAAAAGUCUCAGGAAGGCCAAAGAAAGGGAAGAAUUUUAUACUGGAAAAUAAAUUAAACGUUAAGAAGAUAAGCUCGGCAAAUAAACCACAAGUUAGUGGUAGUAAUCCUAAUGAUAUCCCACAAAAUUCAAGAAAGUCUCUACCACCUGAGGCGUCAGCUGCUGAAUUGAGCAAUUUGAUACACAAAAUGACGCGGCAAUCUACCAAGAGUGCUUCAAUUUCUUUUCCUGAUAAUAUUAAGGACGAUUGUCCAUUACAUGGGAAUAAUGCGCCUCAAUCCGUUCAAGAACAGAUUGCAGCAAUAGAUGUAGUGGAAGCACUUCGACAUUUUAAUGUACCGAAUGAUAUUGUUAAGGUACUGAGAGUUUACCACGCGUUUUUGAAAACUGAAAUGGAUAACUUGAGCGAUACUAAAGAGGAUAGAUACAAGAGAUCGGUCGAUACUUUCCUAAAAGAAUUUGAAACGAUGAAUAUAGUUAUGCAAGAUUAUUUGUUAGAAGAGCCUCAGUUGCUUAAUGAGACAGCAAAAUCGAUAACUGCAUUCAGUAGCAUUUUUAGUGAAAAUUUAGAUUCGAUACAAUCCAACGAUAAGAUCACUGAGCUGGGAGCCUCCUUCAAGCAGUAUGACAUGAAGAAUAUUGCAGAACCGAUUACAAAAAAUCCGCCCUGUAAUUUUCCCUUGGCGGAAGGAUGGAUGUCGAACGGCAUUUGGAAUGUUUCUUGUAUGGCGCACUUUCAAAAUUUUUCUAGAGCAUACAACAUUAAGUACUGCAAUAAGAAGCAACUUUUGUCGCUGUACGAAGCUAUACAAAAAUUGCAGCGCACCAAAUACCUGAAUAUAUGGAUACAAAUUAUUUUACGUGACGUGAUACCCACCAUCAAGUCUAAUCUCGAGCCUACAAGCGCGGAAUACGCGCAAGCGUAUAAGACAAUGUUUAUUCUUUAUCAGGGAUUAAAUCCCAAAGUACCAGUCUUAGUGAAGACCGAUAUAUAGCUAAGUCUCACACCACAAUAUAUUCUCUGUUGCUAUAGUAACCACUGUGCUUGUAUUGUCUAAUUGAUAUCCGCUUUUCAUGACCGGAAUUCUGUAGAAAUGUAUUUUUUGUUCUAAUAUUGUGCCACGAUGAUAACUGAAAUGUUUUGUAUCGUUAAGUUAUUUACUCUUAACAAGUAUGGAAAAUAAAAUUUUUAUCAAC